AUGAAGUCCGACUUUAAGCUUUCGAAUUUGGUCGGAACCGUUUAUCGGGAAGGCAAUCUUGUUUUCACAGAUGACGGUACCAAGCUCAUAUCGCCAGUGGGCAACAGAGUAUCCUGCUUUGACUUGAUCAACAGCAGAUCGUUCACAUUCAACUACCAGCAUCGCAAGAACAUAGCCAGAAUUGCAUUGAAUAAACAAGGAACUUUGAUGUUAUCAGUUGAUGAAGAUGGAAGAGCCAUUCUUGUCAACUUCGUGUCCCGAGUGGUCUUGCAUCAUUUCAACUUCAAGGGCACUGUGAGGGAUCUCAAGUUCAGUGACGAUGGCCACUACUUUGCUGUCGCUGUGAACAGAUACUUGCAAAUCUGGAAGACUCCAGACUUCACGGAAGAUAGGCAGUUUGCUCCUUUUGUCAGACACAGAAACUACGCUGCACACUACAACGACGUGCUUUCCGUCACCUGGUCUCCAGAUCUGCGAUUCGUCCUUUCUACAUCGAAGGAUCUUUCAGCCAGAAUCUUUUCGGUUGACAAUGAAGACAAGGCUGCUGCUUCUACUCUCCAUGGUCACCGUGACUACGUGAUUCUGGCUUUCUUCAAUGCUACACAAGAGAUCAUCUACACUGUCACCAAGGAUGGUGCUUUGAACCAAUACGAGUACAUCGAGGGCGGUGAUGACGAGAAUGAACAAGAAAACGAUUCAGAAGACGACGAAGAGAUGAAGACGGAGGAAAACGCUGACACCGGACGCUGGCGCAUAACGUCCAAGAACUUCUUCCGUGUUGAAGGCGGCAACGUCCGUUGUGCAGCUUUCCACGCUGUCUCCAAUAUGUUGGUUGUUGGAUUCACCACCGGUGAGUUCCGUCUUUACGAUCUUCCAGAAUUCUCCCUCAUUCAGUCGUUGUCGAUGGGCAAGAACGCCGUUGACACUGUCAGCAUCAACAAAAGCGGCGAGUGGUUCGCCUUUGGCUCGUCCAAGGCCGGCCAGCUUCUCGUGUACGAAUGGCAGAGUGAAUCCUACAUUCUCAAGCAACAAGGCCAUUUUGAUGCCAUGAACUGCUUGUGCUACUCGCCUGACGGAUCCAGAGUGGUGACUGCUUCAGACGACGGCAAGAUCAAGGUUUGGGAUAUCAACUCGGGCUUCUGUCUUAUGACAUUCACCGAGCACAUUGGCGGUGUCACCGCUAUAAGCUUUGCCAAAAAGGGACAGGUGAUGUUCUCUGCUUCUCUCGAUGGUACCGUCAGAGCAUGGGACUUGAUCAGAUUCCGUAACUUCAGAACCUUCACUGCGCCCGAGAGAGUGCAAUUCACAAGUUUGGCGGUCGACCCCAGUGGAGAAGUUGUGGUUGCAGGAUCUCAGGAAGAAUUCGAAAUCUUUGUUUGGUCGGUCCAGACCGGUGCACUUCUCGACUCUUUGGCUGGCCACGAGGGUCCUAUUUCCUGUCUUGCCUUCGGAGCCGAAGGCUCAGUUUUGGCCUCGAGUUCGUGGGACAAGACGAUCAGAGUAUGGAGCAUUUUCAGCAGAACACAGCUCUCCGAGCCCAUUGAGAUGGAACACGAUGUUUUGGCAUUGGCAAUGAGACCUGAUGCUAAAGAGGUGGCCGUGAGUACACUCAACGGUUACAUCCUCACACACGACGUGGAGCUGACGGAGCAGACACACUCUCUUGAUAUCCGAAAAGAUGUUUUCGCUGGCCGCCACAUGAACGACCGUUUUGAGCUGAAAAACAGCGCCAGAUCGAAAAACUUCACCACCAUUGCAUACUCCUUCGACGGCCAGGCGUUGGUUGCCGGAGGAAACAACAACAGCAUCUGUCUCUACGACAUUGCCGACGAGGUCUUGUUGAAGAGAUACGUCGUUUCGGAGAACAUGUCUCUUGACGGUACGCUCACGCAGCUUAACAGUUCCAAGAUCACCGACGCCGGUACCUCGAUCGAUGCCGUGGAUGUUGCUGGAGAAAACUCCGACAGAGAGGACCGUAUGGAUACGUCAUUGCCAGGAUCCCACCGAGGCGACCCUGGAGCCAGAAACUUGCGUCCACAGGUCAGAGUCACCGGAGUGCAAUUUUCACCUACCGCAGGAGCCUUUGGCGCUGCCACCACAGAAGGUCUUCUUGUUUACAGCACCGACCACACUGUGGAGUUUGACCCAUUUGAUCUUGACAUGGACGUGACGUACGCCAACGUCGUGGAGAGCAUUGACGAGAAGGAGUGGCUACAUGCGCUCAUCAUGGCGUUCCGUUUGAACGAGCACCACUUGAUUGAGAGAACCGUGGAGCUGGUGCCGAUCAAGGAUAUCCGGUUGGUUUGCGCCGAUCUCCCACACAUUUACGUGGGCCGUCUUUUGGAGCAUCUUGGGCGCAAGAUGAACUCUGGCGAAGGAGCGCAGCACAUUGAGUUCAAUCUUCUCUGGGUCAAGGCGCUUCUUGACAGCCACGGGCCGCACAUCAGUGCCAAAAAGGCCGAGUACGUUCUGGGGAUCCGUCUCGUGCAGCGUUUCUUGAGCCGUGUGGCCAAGGAUGUCGUUUCUGUGAGCAAGAAGUCUGGGUACCUCUAUGGGUACUUGAAGGAGAACAAGCAGGAAGGGGAAGAGGAGGAGGAGCUCGAUUUGGACGAGAUCAAGGUGGACGAGAGUUCUGGCGAUGAAGAGGAAGACGAGAUGGACGAGGACGAGGAGGAGUGGACCGGAUUCGAAGGAAAGUAG